CCUCCUAUCACCAAACAGACAUCUGGAUAUUCCCGCACGAGCGACAGGAUGCGAUUAUGUCCGCUGUAUUGUUGGAUCCGGUAGGCUCCAAUUUCUUUGACUAGAAAUCUUCGAGGCUGGGGCCCUGUACUAUAAACCAUACAAGAGGGUAUUGUUCCUCGCCGCCAAUAAAAGGCAGGUAGUAAUAUCGAACCUUGAGGCUGCUCUUCUCGUCGUCUUUCGAUACUGUUUUUAUCCAGCCCUGAGGUACAACUCGAACAAUCUCUAGCACAAUGGGAUCAAUGGCCUCUCAGAGACCAUGGCAGGAGAUUGCUGCAGCCAAAAAGGCUGAGCAAUCAUCCCGUAUCCCUGCUGAAUGGAAGCUCUCAGACAAGGCUCUCAAAGCAGCAGAGACAACAGUCGACCUUCGACCAAUUGCUGCUACUUGUGGUAUUCUGACCGAGAAGGAGGUGGAAAUCACUGAGAAAUAUGAUGCAACAGAGCUUGCUGCCGAAAUAGCAAAGGGGAGCUACAGCGCUGUCGAGGUCACAACGGCCUAUUGCAAGCGCGCGGCAGUAGCCCAACAGUUGCUCAGUUGCCUGACUGAGAUCCGAUUCUUGGAGGCCAUUGAGGAUGCCAAGAAGUUGGACGAAGAGUUUAAGAGAACGGGGAAGCCCAUCGGUCGCUUACAUGGUGUGCCGAUGACAUGCAAGGAAUGCUUCCAUUUCAAGGGCUUCGAUUCGAGCAAUGCAUACAUCACGCGGUGUUUUGAUCCAGCAACCUACGAUUCGUACCUGAUCCAGCUCAUGAAAGCUGAGGGCGCUAUAUUCGUCGCAAAGACGAAUAUCCCCCAAAGCAUGCUGGCUGCAGAAGCACACAACAAUGUCUUCGGACAAACCAAAAACCCGGUCGUAUCGCAUCUGAACCCUGGUGGCAGCAGCGGAGGCGAGGGCUCCGUGUUGGCAUUCAACGGUAGCGCACUGGGUAUUGGCACCGAUGUUGCUGGCUCUAUCAGAUGUCCUUGCGCAGCCAACGGUGUCUACGGAUUCAAGCCAUCAUUCGGCAUGUACCCCAUGAUAUACUACGCAGCAUCGAACUGGGUAGGCAUGAAUACAGGCAUUCCAGCAGUCUGUGGUCCUAUGGGACACUCGAUGCGAGAUCUCAUCCUUUGGCACCGAGUUGUUCGUGAUGCUAAACCAUGGCUAUUCGACCCGUCCUUGGUGCCAGAACAAACCAAGCCCAACGUUUCAGACCGGCGACCGGUGGUUGGAGUAUUCUUCCAGAGUGGCGGACUCAAACCACACCCUCCUAUCAUUCGGGCCAUCAACGAAGCCGUUGAGAAACUCAAGGCAGCGGGUUUCGAAAUUAAGGAAUUUACUCCUCCUGACUUCAAUGAGAUGCGAGACAUAUCACACGAGCUGCUGUCUCUUGAUGGUCUGUCAUAUGCCAAAGGAGAGAUGGAAAAGGCCGGUGAACCACCGGUAGAAUCUGUGCUUAAGUCCGGCUUCUGGGACAAGUCGCGCAAAACGUGGGAAGAAGCAUGGGUGUUCAACUCAAAGAAGAUCGCCUGGCAGAAACAGAUGCUGGAUGCGUGGCAAAAAGCAAAUGUGGACGUUGUCUUAGGUCCAGCGGGACCUCAUACAGCAGUCACGCCCAACGAGUGGACCAACUUCAGUUAUACUGUUGCAUGGAACGCAGUAGACUACCCAGCCUUGAUCAUCCCCUUCACGACUGUGGACCCAGAGAAAGAUCCCAGAGAUACAUCAUUCACUCCUCAAUCCGAGCUAGACAAGGACAAUGAAGCCAUGUAUGACGCACAAAAAAUGGCAGGUGCUCCUGUGGCCCUCCAGAUUGCUGGCCCAAGGCUCGCUGAUGAGCAGUUGUUGAAAGAUGUUGAGUUGAUCGACUCGGUACUGAACUUGUGAGGACAAGCUAUUAACGCUGCCACAAAAGUGGGAGAGGCCAUUUCAAACCCUUUUCUACAUAAAAUGCAUUGCGGGAAGAUCAUCAUACUACGCAACGUCGGAUUAGAGAUAUCAUUCAUCCACACCCAUAUCAAUCUCAAUAUACCCUGUCUCUCCU